UCUCUCAAAUCUUCGUUACAGGUUGGAUAUAGUUCAGCAUUAUACCUGAGACACCGGGAAUAUUCGAUCUGUAGAAAAGAGGGCGUAUCAACAUACAUUAUAUUGAAGCACCUCCAUGGCUUACGCUACACUAAAUGAACAUCAACGACGACAGUUGCUUGAACGAAUCCGACAACUUGAAGCCGAUUUUGCUAGGUUUGUUAAUCGUCGACAAGCUACAGUAGCCACAUUGUUGGAACUGGCCGAUGAAUUAAACUCAAGCAAACGCAAGGUCAGGAUCAGUAAAAUAUCCGGUGCCGUUGGUGGAGUAGUUUCAGCAGGUUUAACAAUUGCUGGAUUGGCAACGAUACCCCUAUUUGGAGUUGGCGUUGUUUUAACAGCGGCGGGGGCUGGCGUGGGAGUUCUAUCUGGUGUCACAAGUGCUGGAGCUGCCAUAGGCGAUAUUGUAGUUAGUAAAAACACAAGAAUGAAAUGCAACAAAGUGCUCGAGGCAGAUAACCAGGCUGUACUGGAUUAUCAAAAUGCAAUGGAGGGUUUUAGAUUAUUUAUUCAUUCCAUAAGAGGCGUGGCUCCUAUUGGUAGCGUAGUAACGGCGGGAAUUCAAUUAGUCAGAUUGGUGGACGUGCUCUUGGAUGCAUCUGGAGCCACACUUAGAGGUGUUGGAGCUGCUAUUGACGCUGUGCCCAUAGUUGGAGCUGUGUUCAACCUAAUCACACUCCCCAUAGAUAUUGGUACCCUGAUAUCCAACGCAAGAGAUAUCCAUAAGUCAACCCCUCAUCAGGUAGCAGCACGUAUCACCGAGGUAGCUCAGCAGUUGAAAGACCAACUUAGAGAGCUACAGCUAAGACAUGACAAGGAAAUGGAAGAACUACUAGAUGCUCUUCUAAGACAUAACGAGCAAAUGGAAAAAUUGAAAUGUGCUGUUUUACAUGCAGGUCGAGAAAUUCCUGUUUAUAUUUUUGUAAUUGUUGUACUUGCGAUUAUGAUUUUGGAUUUAUUCUGGUUCAAGGGGCCUGAUGGCCCCCCGCUGUUGCCCUAUGACCUUCCGAAGCUUCCUUUCAAAUAGAGGGUUAUCAAUUUAUUGAUGUAGCCCACUUAAAACCAGAUAUCAUCAUUUUCAUACGAUCAGCAGUUUUAACAAUAAACGAUUCUAACUAUAUCAUACACAGAACUUUGUUUUAUGAAAGGGUAUAGCUGCUAAUAAGUCACGUCAUGUGGAGAACGUAACACAUCCCAAUUACAAUUUCUACAUAACAACUUUGAAACUCGUGCGACGUCAUUCUUUUGCGUCAGGUAUAUUAUGCUAUGUAACACUACAGAUAGCAGAAGAUCAGCAUAAUU